UCUAAGCUGAUGUUUUAUGACCCUCCUUAAGAGUGCAUCACUUGUCUUGUCAGAUGUGGGAGAAGGCCAUUGAGCUGGGCAAGCAGCUGGCCAAGAUGCACGAGAGCCACAUGUUUGACUUCAUGGAGCUGAGCGAGCUGUUGAAAAAACAGGCCAAGUUUUAUGAGCAGAUAUUGCACGCAAUGCGGCCGCAGCCGGAGUACUUUGCUGUUGGAUAUUACGGCCUUGGAUUCCCUUCUUUCCUCAGGAACAAAAUGUUCAUCUACAGAGGAAAAGAGUACGAGUGGCUGGAAGAUUUCAGCUUAAAGCUGCUCUCUCAGUUCCCAAACGCAGUCCGGAUGACCAGCACGGCGCCCCCUGGAGACGACAUCUCUAACUCACCUGGGCAGCACAUCCAGUGCUUCACCGUGAAGCCUGUUCUCACGCUGCCGCAGAAGUUUAAAGACAAGGGGGUUCCAGAGCAGAUAUUAAACUAUUAUAGAUACAAUGAAGUCGACCAGUUCCAGUACUCCAGGCCCUUUAGGAAAGGUGAAAAGGAUCCGGACAAUGAGUUUGCUACCAUGUGGAUUGAGAGAACCACUUACAUCACCGCCUACCGUUUCCCUGGAAUCCUCAAAUGGUUUGAAGUCAAAUCCGUCUCAGUGGUGGAGAUCAGCCCGCUGAUGAACGCCAUAGAGACGAUGGAGAUGGCCAAUGAGAAGCUGAGCAACCUGGUGCAGCAGCAGGCCUGCGAUCGCUCGCUGUCCAUCAACCCGCUGUCCAUGAUGCUCAGCGGCAUCGUCGACCCUGCCGUGAUGGGCGGCUUCUCCAACUACGAGAAGGCAUUCUUUACCGACACCUACAUCCAAGAGCAUCCGGAAGACCACGAUCGCAUCGAAGUCCUGAAACAGCUCAUCGCCCUGCAGAUUCCUCUCCUGGAAGAUGGGAUCCGCAUCCAUGGGGAGAAGGCCACGGAGCAGCUGAGGCCCUUACACAAUCGUUUAGUUACCUGCUUCCAAGAUCUCCGGGAGAAAGUGGAGAAGCUGUAUGGCGUCAUAACCUUGCCCUGCUCUCUGACUGAAAAGAAGAAGAGUCGCGUGGGCUCCGUUGUCGUACCCUACAUCCUCUCCUCCACCCUGCGCCGCAUGUCCACCGCAUCCACCCUGUCAAGCACCUCCUCAGGCCUCUCCAGCGGUUCUGCAUCCUCGGAUGGCCCCUCCUCCCAAGAGAUUUCUGUCCUGUCCCGCUCUGAGGAAGACAACAGGAUCUCUAGGAAGAACAGAAAGGAGUGGAGCAUGAGCAAAUCCCAGGUCCUGCUGGAGAAGCAGUCGGACACAGACGAGGUUUCUCCAGAGAAGCAGCAGCGACCCAAAAGUUUACAGCUCGGUGACAGACGGCUCACCCUCUCCCUCUACCACGGCGUUUCAUCCCAGCUCAGCCUGUCUAACCAACUCAGCCCUCUCCCCGCCUCCCCGCACUCGGCGAACACGCCGCGCAGCUCCAGUUAUUCAUCACUCCUCAGCGACAACGAUGCCAAUACUAUUGACACCCCAGGGACCCCCCCACCCAUGCCUCCAAAGAAACAUCCGCACGAGAUUGACAACUUUGCUAUCUCUACAGAGUUCAGUCCCCCAUUACCUGUGAAAAUUGAGAGCAAGCCUCCCCCACCUCCUCCGAAGACUCGAAAGUCAAUGCUCCCCUCAUAAGGAACACCUACGCACCGCCGCAGUUUCACUAAUUCUUUAUAUUUGACUGAUGAAAGCGAUGUCUCGUUUUAGACGUCAUGGAAACACCACUGCAGGGUACAGAGGGCAAAGAAAACUGUAUUUUUCUGCUUCUUCCAGGUCACCUUUAGUUCUGUAUCCUCCUCUGUUCUUAAAUCCUAACAGUUAUUGUAGAUUUAAGCAGAUAGUGAGCACUCAGCAGAACUGGAUGCAUCUUUUGGGAUGUUUCUAAUAUACAGUCUUAGAUUCUAUGGCCUUGUUAAUAUAAUGAAAGAAUCAAUCUUUCAUGAUGGGUCA